AUGGAACAACCGGUCAACGUGGAUCCAGAACUUUUCGGUAUGAGUAUUCAACAGCUUUACGAGCAUCCUCUACCUAUCAACAUAGGUCCUGAAGCUCUCAACGCCAACCCGCAACCUCCCAACGCCAAUCAACAACCUGUUAACUUGGAGCUUCAACCUGCCAAUUUCAAUCAGAUCAAUCCUCAGGCUCCUAGCGUCAAUCCCCAGCCUUUGAAUAUGGAGCCUCAACCUGCCAACUUUAAUCCUCAGUGGCAGCAGCCCAAUUUCGAUCAUCAGCCUCCCAACUUGGAGCCUCAACCAUUGCAGCCACUAGUCGAAGUCCAGCAAGACCGGGCUGACAGGCUUCCUCGCCUGGACGAGAUGUUGAGUGAAGUUGCAGGAACCGACCUGCACGAGACGUACUGGAAGAUUGUCGACCAUAUCUACUACUUUGUCCGUAACGCCCUGUGGGAUGCCAUUCCCCAACAAGCACCCCUGAGGAGGAAUGUCCAACCACCGCCAAUCAUUCCGCCGACUACGAACCCAGAUCCUCCGACCUGGGAGGUGUACAUCAACUCGAUUCUUGCAAAGCCGAUGGAUCGUUUCAGCCCCAUCUUCUGGGAAAACCUCCAGUUCGCAUCCGACGCGUACUCCUGGGUACGAAUAAUGGCCAAGCUCGGCGCCCUUGAGCAAGCCAUUGCGAACCUGGCACAAACCCGCCCCGGAAUAUCCGAACUCGGGGCCAAACUGGCGGCGCAUGAGAAGGCCGGAGUGCAGUGGGACGCCAGCAAACAUGGCCAUGUCGACCAGACAAUCGAUGAGUUGGACUUGAAGAACGAGGUCGUUUUCCUUGCAGUUGACGAGUGGGGACGACGUUAUCGAACGUGUCAGCUUCGACAGCAGCACGGGUUCUCCCAGCAGCGUGUCGCCGACAUCCCGAAGCAGCCGGCGGAGGAGACAGAAUCUGUGCUGCAGCUGAUGGAUGCGGCCGUUGAUGAAGGGGACAUGAUUGAGGAUGACCAGACCAGCAGAGGAAGCUAUAUCAUCAAGAAGAAGAGCCACAUGUCGCUCUUGAACCUCCAGAUCAUGGGCUGGGAGGAACUGAGAGGCUCGAGGGCUGUCCACUUGGUCAGUCCGCACAUCUCGCCUUUUUGCCUUGACUUCGGUUUCAAGGCUUACGACACCUUCAUGGCUCGGUUUGAGGAUGUCAAGCAUCUCUUCACGAGAUCCAAAGCGGUCAUCACCAACAUGGUGAAGUGCCCCAUCGUCUUUCGUUUUGCGGGAAAGCCGCAUGUCGAGUUAUCCACGAAGGUGACGAACGACGGCACAAAUACCAGACGACAGGGGCGCAUUGCCUUUGCCGCGGCGGCAAUGGCCCGCCAGGAGAGACAAGAGGCGGCCAGAAAGGCCAAGCUGCAGGCAAAGCUGGUCGCUUGGCGAGAGGAACGGGCGCUCUUGCCCCCGCCAUUCCUAAAGAGAAAGCGCGAUGAGGGUGACAGAGGGCCGAAGAUAUCUACUCCUGCAGAGGUCUGA